CUGUGUUUAUUAAUUGAGUGUAACUAUUUCUGCAAAUUAAUUUAUGUUCUUUGGUGCAACUGUUAACAAUAUAACAACAACUGUUCUUGCUUUAAAAAACUGGGCUUGCAAUCUGGUUUAGCAUUGAAAAAAAAUAUUAUACAGUCGUUAGUGUCUUACUGUACUGUGACAAUGCUGGACAGUAAGGAAACAACAGGUGGUUAAAAUAGUGAUGCAUCUAAUUAAUCAGUAACUAUUAAUGAAUCUAUAAACUGCUGGAUUAUGUCUCGAAGUAAUUUAAUUAUGCUAAUAUUUUAUUGGGAGGGAAAUGAAGAUGGAGAUUAUAUAUUCCAAGGAUAUUUACUGAAACAAGCACAUGAAUGGAACAGAGACAGAGCAAGAAGUGCAAUGGAAGAAGGACUGUCUCCGGUUAUCAUUGACAAUACCAACAUCCAUUUGUGGGAAAUGAAACCAUACGUAUCCAUGGCUCUUGAAUAUGACUAUCAAGUUAUUUUCAGAAAACCAGAAACAAGCUGGAAAUGGAAUGUUAAUAAAUUGCACAGGAAAACUAGAAAUGGGGUCCCUUAUAAGACAAUCGAAAGAAUGCUGGAUGAUUUUGAAGAGGUGUCAAAUAUACACAACGUGAUAAAUUCAUGAAUGCCUCGGAGAUAUUACCCAGAAGAAGACUACUGGAGGUAGAAUCGCAGAAGUGGAUAUCGACCAAUCAAUAUUUAGGAACUGGGUGAGCUACCAGCUACAAAACUUAGACCAUGCAGAAAUGGCAGCUUUUAUAAUCAAUGAUAAUAGAAAUUUUCAGGUAUGUGGGUUUUUUUUCCUAAAAUGUUUAUUUUUUUAUGAAAAGUUUUUAAAAAGGUUUUUUAAGAACCUGAAACUCCAGCUCCAAAUAAUUCCAACUGAACACAACAAAUUAAUUCAAUAAACUUGCAAGAAAUCUCAGAUAUUAAAAAAGGAACUCUAUUAAACUGGAUUGCUAUAGAAGAAAGAAAAGUUAACAAUGAAUUGUAACAUCUUACUAAUUAGAAUUCACUGAAUUUAUAUUCUAAUAUUUACUGACUGGUAUUUACUCAGACAGCUGUCCUGCUUGCCUAUUCAUAUUGUUUGCUUGCUGAUUUAAGAGCAUUACUGUUUCUAUAGAAAUAUAUUAUUGCACAAUUGAUGCAUGCAUUAUUUUCCAUUCAAUCGAUAUUUACACUGAAGCUGAGAUAUUAUCUGAAUAUUAUUGAUUGCUGAAAGUAGUGUACUGAUUUAUGCUAUUUUGACAUUAAUCUGCUUUUCUACUUUUGUACCCUGUAUAUUUUCAAAUAUUCUGAUAAAAUUCUUAAAACAUA